AUGCCUGAAAAAUCCAAUGCCUGGACACUUGCUGGUGCAAUUGGUCCCACGGACUGGAAUGAAGCUCUGGAUGUUAUUGUUGAUGGUUCUCCUGAGCAGUCUGUUGAAGGAACGAAGGUUGUGUGCCAUGAUCUAGCACAGGCAACCAGUGAUCCCAAAAGCAGUGCAAUGUUUGAUGCAGUCUGUGCACUGCUGAUGAGUAGCAGGUGA